GUAUUUGCGCAUGCGCGCGUCAGCUAACUUAGACCUCAGCCGACGAGGUUACUUCAGUUCAUUCGCCGGGAGGUGUCCCUCGUGAACCCGGAACCGGAGGUUGUUGUGGAGAAAAGGCUGCCGGAGGUGCGUAUUCAAGACAGGCAGGUAGGGUCGGCUGUCAGAGAGGCCUCGCUCGUGGCGAAAACAGGAAAGUCGAGGCCGAGGGUUAUUUCGUCCUUCGUUUGUGGCGCGCGGGGGCAGUCGUCGAAUAACGCCGGCGGUGUUGUUUUUUUUGCGCUUCGACGGUUAUAUCCGUUAACAUUCAGAAUGUACGUGCGGAUUUGGAACACGCGCAUGCGCGUCGCCAGUUGGGGAGGGGUGUUGUGGAGCUGCUACGUCAGCUGCUCACGUCUGGUGGGCGGAGCUACCCGCGCCAACAAAUUCGCUUUACUGCUUUUCCCACCUUAUGGGGCAGAGCUCUUCUGGGUCCUCCUUGAGAUGGGGCUGGUGGGUCGUCCUACCCAUAGAUAGUGGCGUAGAGCCACGGGAUGACGUUGAAUUUUGACAGCCUACCUGUCUGGUCUUCUGUGUAUAAAUUAACGUCUGAACUGGUGACCCAUAGAAUAGAGGGGUGUCAAGAAGAAAACAAGGGUUGGCAUCCCAUUCAGAGAAACUUAGUUGAUUAGUAGUUUGCGGCUUAGGUGAUUGAUUAAUUCGUUAAAUUCAAAUAUGUCAAAACAAGCAGGAAAUGGAGUCUCUCUGUUUCUGGAUUAUUUAUUCAUUGAUCACGGCAGGCAAGGGUGGAUAUGCUCAUCGUAAGAUGGCACGUGCUAUCUGUGGUUUUUGUAAGUUCUUGUAUAUAAAAAAAGUUUGGUUGUUUUCCAAAGCUGCUGCUUGUUAAUUUUAAUUAGUUAAUAUACUGUAAUCUGCAAAUCAACUAAAACGUUGCAUCCCAAGAAACAUGUAUCGGGGGGGGGGGGAAAUGCAGCAGAAGUAGCUUUUGGAGACAACUGUGUGCUCUGUCUUGAAACAUUACAUUGUUUAUGUGAGUAGAUCACUGUGAGUUAUGGAAUUGGCCAGGUUUAAUCAUGUGUCGGAGGUGGUCAUACAUUAUUGCAUCUGGUUAGCCCCUGUAAAUGAACUGUUCACCUGAAGAAACUACUUCUUGAAAAAUUAUUUGCCCUCAAAAUGCCCAUUACCUAAGACAUUUGUAUUUGCCAUAGAAAGAACCAAUUUUUGUAAACCUUCAGUGCUGAUUGGCUACAAGCAAUUUUUAUUUGCCAAAGGCAAAGAUACCUGUAUCCCUUUGUGCAGUGUUGAAGGAAACCUUGCUAACUAGAUAAGGAAGACGCUUCUACAAAAGUUAGAGGAAUUAUUGGUUUCAGUAAGCAGCCUUCAGGAUUCAAAGACCUUCAUGUGCAUAAGUCCACUAUUCCUUAAAAGAGCCCUACAAGUUAGGUUCAGUAUUACUGUUCCUAUAUAUGUGUGCAUGAGUUGUAUCCAAUAUUACCCCUACUCAGGGUAGACCCAUUGGAAAAAACAAUCAAGCCUGAGCAUUCCCCCCCCCAUACCUUCAUUCAAGAUGUUGAACAACAACGGGCCCAGGACAGACAUGUAGACUGUUAAUAAUUUUCAGCGUUAUUUUAAAAGGGCAGAAGCCAGUGUAUUUCCAUUGGGCAUUGGAACACACCUAGACCUAUAACAAAAAGCUUUGCGAUCUAAAUAUUGCAGUUUAUGAGUUUUGGUAGGACUUUUAGUGUGCUUUAAUGCAGCUUUGUUGAAGUCUAGUAGCCUGGUUUAUCAAAAUGAAAGUGUGAACUCUUUCUUUCAUUCUUAAAUAUAAUCUAAAUUUUGUGAUUGCAGAUGAAGUUUUGAAAUCCUGAUGCUAACAUGUGAGCUUUAGUAACUGUGUUUUCCUCCCUUUUAGCCUAGUGUAUAAAGGAAGGACAUCUUUGCAGUUCAAGAAGAGUACUUCAUAGUCAAGCAUUUGGAAGGAAGUCAAUGCUUGGAGCUGCUGAAAGUGAAAAGGCAAGUACUGCAGGAUUUAGGAAGAGAGAAAGACAUAUCUGCACAACAGAUUGGGAACUGAUAGGAAGUGAAAGGUCAUGGGGCAGUUUCCAACUCCCUCAUUCCAUCAGCUCAAGGAUUUGUGUUUGUGCAACAAGACUUUCCCCAUGCGUUCUGCCCGUGCACCCCCUCAAAAUCUGCUCUGGAGGGUUGUGAGAACCCACUGAACAGAUUUUGGUGGCACACGGGGAUGAAGGUGGGGAAGCUCCAUUGUGCAAGUAGAAAUCCUUGCAGUGAUAGGAGGCGUACUUACUGUUACAUGGAAUGAAAGCUAUUAGGUUAAGGAUCACCUUACUUAUAAAAGAACUACAGUGGUACUUUGGGUUACAUACGCUUCAGGUUACAGACUCCGCUAACCCAGAAAUAAUACCUCGGGUUAAGAACUUUGCUUCAGGAUGAGAACAGAAAUCGUGCUCCGGUGGUGUGGCAGCAGCGGGAGGCCCCAUUAGCUAAAGUGGUGCUUCAGGUGAAGAACAGUUUCAGGUUAAGAACAGACCUCCAGAACGAAUUAAGUACUUAACCCGAGGUACCACUGUAUUGUUUUGUUUCUUACUAUGCUAUUUUUGUGUCUUUAUAUUGUAAAACAUCCUCAGGUCCUUGGAUGAAGGGCAGUACUGAAAUUUUAAUAAUUAUAAUAAUGUGGGAUAGAUUUUAAAUAAACAAAUAAUUAAAACAGGUCAUUUCAUGACUUAACUUAGUUUAGAAUAUGUCAUCCUGUUAAAUCAGGGGUUGCCAACCUUUUUCGAGAGGGUGCUGUAGGCCCCAGCCACAAAAUGCCUGCCAUGGGGUGGGUGGCAUAACACAAAAAGAGAAGAGUGCAGUCGUUGCUGCUGCUGCUGCUGCUGCUUGCUUCCAUACCCCACCCCACAGACAACCUUAGGUUUAGCAUGGAAAGUCAGUUAUGCCCUGCUGGUCCUGACUCUGGGCAAUCACACAGUAUUGAUUUCUCUGUAACACACAUAAUUAUUUUGCUUGACAGUAAAAAUGCUCUUCACAUAAUCAGAUGGUGUGCUGAUUAAAAUAUUUUUAUGGUGAAAAAUAUAAUAUUAUCUUGACUAACUUUUUCCAGUGCUUGAGUUAUUUUUCCAGGUGUCAGAGGUUGAGACACAGCCAACGCUGCUUGGGUGUACAUAAACUCACAUUUCUUGAACUGAGCAAUAAUGAACAACUGACUUGUAUCUCUGUGGUGUUCUGUUUGCUCCUGCAGGAUCCUCCCCCAGUUCAAGUCUCUAAUCUUAGAACUUGAUGUUAAGAGCAUUUCAUAAUGUUUAUUUUGAUGAUGCCAGAAUUGUGUAAGUUUUUUUUUAGCAUCACUUGACCCAUUUCUCACCUUUUUGUUUCUAGACUUGUAUUUCAAAAAGAUGUUCAACUUCUUCCGAAAAAACCAAGAUACCAAGAAGGUAUUGGUGACAGAAAAAGAAGCAGAUGGAUUUGUUUUUCUCGGUAAGUGAUUCUAAGAGUUUAUUAAAAAAUCAUAUAUUUUGAACAAAAUUUUCUGGAUAUUUCACAGGUUGUUACCACUUUAUAUUUAAAGUACAUUCAGUUCACUAAGAAAUUUCAAAGAAGUUAAUCUUGAACCAUGCCCCCCCCCCCAGUGGUCAUGUAUGAACUGAAAAUAUAAACUGUAGACUUAGCAUAGAUGUUGUUUCUGCCUUGCCAUUAUUUUUCUUAGGCCCUUUGCAUCAUUUUUGGCACCACCCUCCCUGCUCACAAGUAACAAAGAGCUUAGUCGUAGGUCUAUUUCCUGUGGUUGUAACAGUUUAAAAAUUUAAAUGUUUUUAAGGGUAAGGUACAAUCGCUGGUUUUAAAAUAUUCACUUUUUAAGAUGUCUUUGAUCGCACCUACACCAUGGAAUGCAUUUAUUUUCUUUUUCUAUUUCACCUUUCUCCCAAUCUGGGAUUCAAAGUGGCUUACAACAUUUAAAAAUACCAUUAUAAAAUGCGAACAAACUAGCUUAAAAACAAUAGUUAAUAUUCAUCAAAACACAUUUAGAACCAGCAUUAAUAUACAGUUUGCUGUGGCAUUUAAAGCACAUGGCUUUCCCCAAAGAAUUCUGGGAAAUGUAGUUUGCGAAGAGUAUUGGGUAUCAUAGCUCUGGGAGGGGUAAACUAGAGUUUUAAAGAUUCUUCAGGGAAAAUCAUGUGCUUUAAAUGUAUGGAGUGGGUGUGACCUUUAUUCUGAGGCAGCAUUCAGUGAGUGACCUAGUUAUGUUAGCAGCCUCCUUCAGCUUGGUGCCUUCCAGAUCUUUUGGUCUUCAGCUCUCAUCAUCUUCAACCAUUGGCCAUUUUGGCUGGUGGUGAUGGGAAUUGGAGUCCAAAACACCUGGAGGGCAGCUGGUCGGGGGGGGCAUGUAAUCCCAGUAAUGUUGACUCCUUAAGAGAAAUAGAGUGACAUAAGAUUCUUGCAGAGCCUCUGUUUGCAUAGGGGGAUUACUGUGAUGAGACUAUUGUCUUUCUGUGGCGUUCCUCAGCUUACUUGAUCCUAUUUUGAGGCCUAAAUAUAGUGUGCAUGGGGAAAUGUACACUGAGUUCGAUAAAGAUUUUGUGACAUAGAAAUGACUAAUCAAUAGCCCUGAAUGACAACUGAGUCAUGGACACAGGAGAAUCAGGAGCAAUUGGGAACCGAUACAGGAUAGUGAGUCUUUCCAUUCCUGGGUGGAUAACAGCUCCUCUGUUGUUUCUGCCUCUUAGUUUGUGCAUUACAUUAUCUCUCUGGGGGAAUGACAACCUUCUUCAUAAAUAUCCUAGAUGUGAGACUUGUCAGCUAGUAACUUAAGAAGUUCUAAGAAUUCUUUCCCAUGAGGGUUUGUGCGCUGCGUCAUGCAUGCCCCAAAUUCUCUGUGGAUUUUUUGUUCUUGAGAGUGCGCGAGUGGAAUUUAUUCCAAUCAUUUGCCUGGGGGAAUUAAGUAGUAAUAUUUCUUGCUGCAUGUUGUUUUUCAGUAGGAGUUGCUUAGUACCAGAGCAUGUGUGCUCAAGGGUAUAUGCUCAUGUGUACCCUGCUGGGUGGUGUGCAGAAUAGUUUAUGGUCUUGGAGAAGAAACUUUUCAGAUCUAUUAGCUUGCUGAGAAAGGAGGAAAACAGUAUUGCUUCCCAUAUAGUUAAAUGAAAUUAAAUGCAUGAAACGCUUGCUGUUCUUCAUUGGUUGCCUGCGUUCAACUUUGCUUGCUGAACGUUUGUAAUAGUAUUUUGAAUGUACCGGGUUUUCUGAUUCAAUGAAGCUUCAAACAAGAUUGACUUGAGCCCAUCUUUCUCUCCUUUUGUUUUCCUGAGGUGUCCCAAAUAUAAUAUUUAAUUUCAUAUAAACUGGAAGAAUCAGGGGUCGUCUUUGUGACACUAUUUAUUUAUUUCCAAUAUCUAUAUGACACCUAAUAACAAAAGUCCUCUGGGUGGUUUACAAGUAAGAAUUAAAAACACAAAAUACCAAAAGAGAGAGAGUCACAACUGAAAUUGUCCAUGUUGGUGGCUUGGGCUGGCCCAAUAAUGAAACAGAUUGAGACCAUUGUCUCAGGUGGUGGGUACAGAGGCACUGCCCCUGUCCUGGGGACCUUCCCCCCAACCUCAUUAUUGUACAUUCGGUGAGGCAAAGAUCUUCUGCCACUGCCUUUACUUCCUCCUCACUGUCUUACUUUGCUUAGAGAAAGGGCUGAGAGGGUCCUUUUUAGAGCCAGGCAUUUUGAGUGAGGGGGCCAGCAGAAUGCCUGAAUUCCUGUCAUGGUUUGCCAUGGCAGCUUUUUAAACUAAGAAUUUUAAAAAUGCUUUUAUGGAAGUUGGAAGUGCAUUCUCCUGGCCAUCUCACCCAAAAUGCAUGGCAGUGAAGAAGGACCCUCUUCAGCCCUUUCUUAGGUGAGAGUUGAAGGCCGUGGUAGAGAGCCUCCAUUAAGUUUCCUGGCAUUAGAGUCAUGUUAAUAUGAAGCAACUGUGUGUAAAAAUGCUGUUUCCUUGGAUGACUAGUGCAAGAAGGAAUAACCACUAUUCUAUACAAGUGUAUUAUCAUUGUGUUCCUUCUUCUAAAAUUGCUUGCCAUAGUUCCAUAAAACUUUUCCUAUGCUAUAUAAUUGGCACCAUCAUAUGUAUAUUCAGGAGAGAUGUGCCCUCCUGGCAUCAACAAGCUUCAUUAUUAUUACUUUUAGCUGCUUUUAUUAUAUGUUUCUAAAUCACCUUGAUGCUCAUGUAGGUGGUGAUUCAAAAAUGAAUAAAUAACAAUAUUAAUAAUUAGUAAUAAUAAUCAUUCUGUCCUUCCUGCAAAGUACUCAGAGCAGCAUACAUAAAUUUGCUCCCAACUUAGACUUUAUUUGCAAAACAACCCUGUGUGCAGGUGAGGAAGGUAAGGCUGAGGCUGGACCAAGGUCACCCAUUGAGCUUUGGGACUAAGAAGGAAUUUGAACCUGGGUCUCCCUGUUCGUACUCUCAACAUAAUAACAGCUGCCCCACAUAGGUAACUGCUGCUGCUGCUGUUUCGUGUAUGAAAUACUUGCAAUGGCUCUGCCCUGACUGCCCUUUUCCAUUUGGAACGGUUUCAUGUGUGUUAUCAUUGUAAUGGUUUUAUUUGUUUUUAUAGUUGUAUGUUUUGUUGUUGUAACCAGCCCUGGAACUUUAUGAUGAAGAGUCGUUAGGAAAUCUUAAAAAUAAUAAUAACAAAUAAUAAUAAAAUACCCAGGCUUAGUGAUUGCACUGGUGUUCAUCAGUGUUUCCUGCUUACCAGGAUUUGAGGUUAGUUAGCAAACUCUAGUUGAGAAGAAUUCUGGUUAUUGAUUGAUUGAUAUUCUGCCUUUAUUUCCUUAUGGCACUCAAGGCAACAACACAGAGGGUUCCCUGCUGCUGAUCACAUCAAGACUUGGAUUAGAUUUCGCAAGGUUACAGUAUCAUAUGCCUUAAGACCAUGGCCUGAGUCCACUAUAAGCACUGCUAGCUGGGCUUAAAGGAUCGCUGUGUAAAGAUGUAAUAAACUGGGAUCAAGUAUGUUGUCCUCAAAGUCUUGGUAAGCAGUAUAGAACAUAUGGGGUUAGAAUGGCUUUUAGAGAUGGUUGUGGCUUUCUAAGUGGUAGGAAUUAUGUAAACAAGCGGUAGCCAAGGGGAUAUCGCCUGCUAGGUGUUGAAAACUACGACUCCCACCAUCCCUGAGCAUUGGCCAAGUUGACUGAGGUUGAUGGGAAUUGUAGUCCACAACAAUUGGAGGGCAUCAUGUUGGUUGCCUCUGGUGUAUACUGUUUUAUUUAUUGGUAAUUCUUAUUGAUUUGUCUUUCUAGCAACCUUGCAUUCAUUCCUUGUAGCAUUUCAAAUGCUGUUCAACAGGUUUCUGCUCAGUAUGCAUUUGUUGCAAAAUUGCUGGGGGGGGGGGAGAGAGAUUUUUAAUAAGCAUCCCACCUUAAUCAACUGCUCUAUGCAAAAGUCGAUUGGGACUUUUUGUCUACCGAUUGUCACUUCUUUAUAAUAACAGCUAUAUUUUGAAGUGCGAGUUUUUUUUGCUAUCUUUUAACAGGGUUAAAAGCUCCAUGCGUCUGAUUACUGUAGUUUGAGUUCACUGGGCAAGGAAGAUGAGGGAGACCUGAAAAACAACCCUCUCCAGUGUCACUGAUUUCUAGUCGCAUAAGGAGAUAAUUGCUACCCCUUCAUUCAGUGUGGAGUCAAACUAAUCCUCUUGGGUUCUGGUUUUACACAAAAACAAAGUGCAGUAUUGCUUUUGCAUCAUUAGGUGGCAUCUUGCUUCAUGCACUUCUCAAGUAAAUUGAAUACAGCAUUAAUUGCCAAGCUAGCUCUUUCUCCUACUAUGGUUUUUUUGUUUUUGUUUUUUUAAAGAAUCUGUAUGUCUGAAGUUUAAUAUAAAGCAUAAAUGGAAUGAUGUUUUCAGCCAGAGAGCAAAUUUGAAAUAAUGGGACCAAAACCCCUAGAGCUGAUUAGUACAGUCUGAAGGGUCACACGAGAGCCCCAAAACACAAAGGAGUGAAUUUGCAUAUUUUUACAAGAGGAAAAUAACUGAAUGCAAAAACAUGAGUAACUAUCAGCUUCAUGCUUUAUUAAUACUAUAAAAGAAACAGAGAGAGUUAGCUAACUUAAGAGUACAGUUGAGUUUUGGUUGAAUGAGCUCAAUCAACAUCUCCUAUGCAGAUUAACAGAAUUAGGUUACCAAACAAUGGACCUUCAUAAUGCUUUGUAGUAUAAGCAGGUGUGUUUCUUAAGAGUAGAAUAUGCUAAGUACAGCUUUCUCUGGACUUUGUAUAUUACCAUAUCUGAAUGUUGGCAUCGCCAUUCAGAAGCACAAUUGCCUGUCCCCUGGCUGUUUCGUCCAUGGGUCCAGCUUAUCAUAUAGUUUACAAUUCUGUAAAUACAGUGGGUGUAGUCUUUAUGAAAGAACAUCUGGCACAUUUGGUUGAUAAUGUUGUUGUAGUCAUUUGCAAAGUGUUCCUAUUCUGGUUGUCGAGAACACAAAGGUUUUUAAGUUGCUGAUGGUACAUAAAUCCAGUUGUGCUUGUAAACCUGCACCACUCUUUGGUCCAACAAACACAGUUACAGGUGCUUAAAGUGUGUUUUGAUGGGCUAAUGCAAAACUUAGUAAUAGGACUCCAAAUUAUCUGAGGCUUCCCCAAAAUUUCCCCAAUACAUAUAAUCUUUUUUUUUUAUUAUAUACAAUUGUGAUUAUUUACUCAGACCCUGCCAAUGAUUCCAGUUCAUUAUAUUGUCUCUUCAUAUAUAUUGUAAAUGGUUCCCAUUCUCUUUUAAAGUCUUUGUUGUCUUUUUCAUGUAGUUAUCUGUUAGUUUUGCCAGUUCUGCAUAUUCCAUAAGUUUCCCUUGCCAUAGUUCUUUCGUUGGUAUUUCUUCUGUCUUCCAAGCUUGUGCUGAUGUAAUUCUUGCCGCUGUUGUUGCGUAAAUAAAUAAUUUCCAAUUUUCCUUUUUUAUAUUUUGAUCUAAAAUUCCUAGGAGGAAUGCUUCUGGUUUUUUAACAAAAGUUUUUUAAAACUUUUUUUUCAAUUCAUUAUAUAUCAUUUCCCAAUAAUUUCUAACCUUUUUGCAUUCCCACCACAUAUGAUAAAAUGUACCAUCUUUUUCUUUACAUUUCCAACAAGUUUUUGAUCCCUUUUUAUACAUUUUAGCCACUUUCUCUGGUGUAAUAUACCAUCUAUACAUCAUUUUCAUAUAAUUCUCUUUCAGUAAAAUACAUUCUGUAAAUUUUAAAUUCGCCUUCCACAUCUUUUCCCAGUCUUCAAGUUGUAUAUUGUGACCUACAUGCUGUGCCCAUUUUAUUUGUGCUGACUUUACCAUUUCAUCCAAUGUUUCCCCAUAUAGCAGCAGAUUGUACAUUUUUAAAAGUAAUUUCGUAUCAUUCUCAAUUACUUCUUUUGAAAGUUUGAAACUGUGUAACUGAAACCUUUCUUAUUGUCUUCCUUAAACUGUUCAUUUAGUUGUCUAUGAUGCAGCCAACUUUGUAAAAAGGUCUUCCUCAUAUUCUUUCAACUUUAACCCUUUUCCCGCCACUGUUAAUAGGUCUCUAUACGUUGGCCAAUUUCCUUGAAUUUUAUUUUAAGAGGGUCGCACUCACCUUCUGUUUGAAAGUCACCAAAAUCUAAAGCUAUUCUGACAGUUCAGUCUUUCCCCCCACUGCUAAAUAGCAACUGAGCUUUGGUUUCACACAGGGUAAUAAUAACAGCACUGAGGUCUAUAAGUUCAAGCCGUUGGGGUCACUGCAAUCUACACGAACACCUGGUUUUGGAUCCCUGUCUAGCAGCAACUAGCAAUGUUGAAGACUUCCUGGAUUAGCAUUGUAAGCAUUGCUUUGCUAGUGUACAGUAACUUCAAGAGUUAUGACCUUGGCCAAAUACUGCAUUGUCAGGUACAGAAUUGGGUUCUAACCAUCUGCAGUCCCAAGUCACUAGUUUGUUCUUGUUCAGGCUUGCACAGUGUUGGUGUUUGACCUGUACAGUUCAGUUUUUUAGCAGAGUGAAAGACUACUGGCCGUAGACUGCUUCAGGAUUUGUGAAGGGCAAGUAUAUAUUGGGAAGGAUCCAAGAAUGCUGAAGUUGAUGUUGAAAACCACUUUGUGGGAAAACUAAAAAAAGAAAAAUCCUUUGUUUAUUGACUAUGUGCUAGCAAAUGACUUCUGGCCUACCUCAUGACUCUUAUAGAUAACAAAACAUAAAUAGUGUAUCAGGAAUACUUCCCAUAUUGAGGAUUUUAUUUACUGUUCCCUCAAAUCAUGAAUACAAUCAUAAGGUUGGAAAGAUCAGUAUAUAGUGCAUCUGACUGAAGGCUGAGCACUUUCAUCUAGGAUUCUAGAUUGUUUUUCGGUUUAUCACAUGAUGUUCUAUGGAUUUGGCUUGUGAUCACAGCAUUAAUCUGACUGCAGCACUUUACUGCCAACUCUUUUAAGACAUCAGGUUCAGCAAGAGAAGAGUGUUGGAUGUGGAUUUUGGGGGGGGGGGGAGAGACCCUCCCUUCUAUAAUAUUUGGCCUUUGGAAUUGGUUGGUGGUUAUCUAGUUCCCGAGGAAGCAAGCAUAUAAACCUUUCCUAGAUUCCUGUUUUACUUGUGGACAGAAGUCUUGAUGAACAGUUGUCAAGUUAAGCUGAUUCAAAGGGUAGGUGAGGAAAGAAAGCAACCAUUUGAUUUGCAGGCCUACAGAUUUGUUGCUCAUUUCUUUUAAAUUAUUAUUGUUAUAUAUUUAUUUAUACCCCACCUUUUUCCCUGGUGGGACUCGGCGGCUUAUAGAGAAAAACAAGAAUCGCUAAAAACACAGAAGAAACAAUAAUUAAAAAACAAUUAAAUAUUGAUAGAAUUAAAAUUUAAAAACCCAAGGGACUUCACCUCAGUAGCUUGGUGUAAUUUGAUCUAUCUUAUAUAUUUUUCAGAAAAACAAAAACUUGCAAGUGAAUUGCGAUAUGCUUUAAAUACCAUUUUUAAGAUAUAUAUUACAAAAAUACCAGUUUUACACGCCACCCUACAGUUGAUCCCUGAAGCCUUCUUUAAUUUAUUAUUAAAAUAUUUAAACCCUCCUUUUCGAGUUCAAGAAUGAGACCCGCAGGGUAGCUAACAACAGAGAGAUGGCAAGGCAUUCUACAAGAAACUUAAGAACAGCACAGAUAUUCCAGUAUCAGAACAAAUAAGUAGCAGCAGAAUUUAAGAGGCAGCCGGUUCUACCGAAACAGAAAUCUUUUGAUCUGGUAUUUAAAGGCUGAUUUGAUCUCUCAGUGCCGGGCUUUCAAAGCCUCGAAGCCACAACUGAGAAGACCCUUUCACCACUUCUGAUGGUGAUGAGACAAGGAACAACAGUUCAGACGAUACCGUCAUAGAUCAGUGGGCAGGCAGGAUCGUAGAAGAUACAUCAAGCGACUUAGUCCUAAGGCAUUUAUGGCUUUAGAAGUAAUAACCAACAUUUUGAACUGAGCUCAAAAGCAAAAUGGGAGCCAGUGCAGAAGGAAUAUCAGCAGAGUCCUGACUAUUACAUGUUGGAAUAAUUGGUGUUUCCAAAUGCUUUUCAACAGAAGUCCUCUAUAUUUAAUCUUGUACAUGUGUUGGUUAUGUAAAUAAUUCGCUUGGAAACAGGGCAGUUGGAUCUGUUCUAUAGGGCAAAAUAAUAUUAGACACAAAUGCGUGUUCAUUCAAUUGGGCUGCCAUGAAAUACAAAAGAAUGGGAAACAUUGUGUGAAAGGUUAAGUUAAAACAGAAGCGCUGCAUAAUUAGAAAAGGACAGUAGAGGUGCAAUUUGUUUUGUACAGUAACUGUAAAUUUCUGACGAUGGGGAAACAGCACAGUAUUGUUCAACAAAAUGCAGGAGGUAUUUUUGCAUCUUAUACUGAAGCAAUGCAUGAGACAAUAUAUAUUACAGUGGUACCUCGGGUUACAGAUGCUUCAGGUUACAGACUCCGCUAACCCAGAAAUAGUACCUCGGCUUAAGAACUUUGCUUCAAGAUGAGAACAGAAACCACGCAGCGGGAGGCCCCAUUAGCUAAAGUGGUGUCUCAGUUUAAGAACAGUUUCAGGUUAAGAAUGGACCUCCAGAAUGAAUUAAGUUCUUAACCCGAAGUACCACUGUAUAUUGGAGGCAACCCAGCAGGCUCCAUGAUGCCUAUGAAAAACUUCAUUGGUUCCCCAGGGCAGGAGCCCCCAACUCUGAGCUUGUUUUAAAAAGGCUCUAGCCAUCCCAGAAAAAAAGUGCUGUUUGUGUUUAAUGGAGCAGCUUAGGCUUUGGCUUAGGGUUGGCAUUUCGUGUGUCUUCAACAGCUGUAUGGUAGGCAGACAUUCAACAGGUCCAUCCUUUUCUAGCAUGGAAAUACAAUUAUGUGAAAAGCUUCACCAUGACUGGGCUGUCUAACUUUGUGAUAUGCCAUAGUGGCCAUUUCGUGACUAGCACCCACAGCACUCUUAAGAUUUGAAAUAUGCCCACUGGUCCAAAAAGGUUGGUGACUUCUGUAUUAGAUGUUGACAUGUCUGCCAUUUACUAGUUCCUCUGAAGUUGGUUUGCUUUUGCUUUGUUUAAAGCUUUGUAUCAGUCCUUGAAAUGAAGAGACUGGUAAUAUCAGUUGAAAUAACCACACAUACAAACCUCGUUUCUCCACCCAAAAUGGCUUUCAGUAAUUAUUUUUUUUUUUAGUUCUGGUAAGUACUCAGAAAAGAGUUCAAGGCUUGGUGAAAAAGAAAAUGGAGCAAUGGCCUUGUGAAGACGUCAGAACUGCUGUGUACAGUUUCCAUGAGCUGUGUACAUGUAUCAUUGACAUCUUGUGUUUAUUUAGUCCAGGAUCCAAAGGAAUACCACCCAUGCUCAUAUGCAAGGGCACUUUGAACUUUUAAUUUAUUUAUUUUUGAACAGUGGGUUCUCAGUGCUGCAAAUGCAGUUUAUGACUGUUGAUGGGGAUCUGCCACUCAAGAAGUAAAAAUUAAGCCACUGGGUGAGCACAUGUCCUUGGGCUGUUUAUGGAUUUCAGCCAUUUGUUGGUUUAUAUUUAUACUUCACUAUUUUAAGUGCUGGUUUCACAUGUGGUUCUAGUGCGUAAGAAGUGCAGUUACACCCAGGAGAAAUGCUAAGGUUGCAUGUCUUCAUUCACCAAAUAGACAAACUUGCAUGUGAAGUGGGAGCCACAAGUGGAAAUUCCUGCAUGGGUAGGCCAACUCACACAAGAGUGGUAGGGUGGAGUGCAUGUGUGAUGUCCAGGUUUGUAAGCACUGAGCUUCAUGGAUUUUUGUUCCCAUUGUAAGCUCUGUAUGUGUAGAGAAAGGGCAUGCAAGUCCAAAGCUCUGUUCUUGCUUCAUCAUGCAUAUGACCUACAUGCUAAGACCUUAUGUGACAUGACCUUGCAUCUCUGCUGACUGUGUCAACUGAAAGUCUAAAGGGCUUUGUUAAGAAUUUCUCAAUGUUUUGGUGUAUAUCUCAAAUAAGCAACAUUAUUGAACUGUGGUCAGUUAGGGUUCCCAGCACUUGUAAACCACUUUGGUCUCUAUGCAAAUAGCUGGAUCUGCCGGGUGUGAGCUGAAUAUUUAUUUAUUUUAUUUGUCUACCACCCUUUAUCUGUAGAUCUCAGGGCAGUUCACAACAUAAAAAUGCAACAUAAAAACAUCUCCCAUCUCUUUCCAUAUCCCACUCCCUUUGAGUGUAGAAGCCUGAAUGCCACCUGAAUGGAAAACGCACCAUUCCAAAUUCUGGUUGGCUUUCAAGAUCAUAGCAAACAAGCCACAUUUGCUUCCCAAUUCUGGUGUGUGUUUUUUCUUGCUGACACAUCUGACAGCCAGAUGAUUCAUUUUUCUUUGCUGAUAUUUGUCAAGAUAGUUCCAUGAGAUCAAGCAUGAUUCUUAGUCUCUAGCCAACGCUGUGCCUUCCAGAUGUUGUUGGACUACAACACCUACCAGCCCCAGCCAACAUUUCUAAUGGUAAGGGGUCCAACAACAUGUGGAGAGGGCCCCACGUUGGCUAUCCCAGCUGUAUACAAAAGGUCCUUCUGUUGAUGGAAGCUCUCUGGUUCAGUAGAGGCUUCUGUUGGUGCAACUGGAACAGGGAUGAUUUUCAGCCAUUUGUCCUCCUGCAUCAAUUCCCAAGCUAUUUAGAAUGCCCCCCAGCCCUCUAGUGCAGAUUUGGAAGGUGAAUUGCCAAAACCCACCUCUCUCACAGUUUCAGUGCUGUAAGCCUCUACUGGAUCAAUGUGCAGGGGUAAAACUAGGAUAGAACCCAAAACUAAGUACUUGCAAACCUCAAAGUUAACCUAAAAUUCUUAGGGGUUUUACUUUAUUUUUGACCUCUUUGAAAUUACAGAACCCUGGAAAGAAUGGGUUAGUAAGUUGUUCCUUUCCAUACAUAAUGCCUGGGAUCCAAAGCAGGGCAUCCCCAGUUCUGUAUCUCCAGGGGGUCUUUGGGCAUUUUCUGAGACAGUGCCUCACCCCACGCCAUGGGGCAAACCACUUCUGAAACUCAAGUGCUAUUCUAAAAAGCCAUUUCUGAUAUAGCAUGGCGGUCAGCUCUUCAACGAGAAAAAAAGUCCUGCAAAAUUAUACCGGUCUCGUCUGAGCCCUCGGGCGCACCUAAUGUAGCUCUUUGAAUCACAGCCAAUGUGUCUGGCAAGGGGACUGGCAUUGUUGCUGAGCAUGAUUAAGAGCUAAAGAAGUGAUGAUAAAGGGAGGCUGAAGUAGAUAAGCAAUGUGGGAAACCCCCCCCACCACCACCAAAAAAGGCCCAUAGUAGGAAAAAAAGCAAUACUUUAACAUUGGUUUGUUAAUGUUUGUCUCCUUCUACCACUCCACCCCAAUGGGUCUUGGUAAUGCUGUGCAUGACACCCUCUCUCUCUGCUAAGUAUUUCUGGAAUGCACAAAAUUGAGAUUGUGAUCUGGUAUAGGGGCAGGAUUUUCUCUCCUCCGUAAAGCAAAAGGUAGGUGACCUUGAACAAUCCACUGCUGCAGAUUAAGAACUCUCAAAUGGAUCACUGAAUAAGUAUUUCAUAAGUGAAGAGGGAGACAGAAUGCUGAUCUCAUUUGUUAUUGGGGGGGUGGGGGGAGUUUUAGGGCAGCGGGGAAGGAAACUUUCCCCCCCCAGUAUAAUGGUUAUUGAUGAGAAUAUUAAUAAUUUUAUUAUUUAUAAGCUGCCCAUCUGACUGGAUUGCCCCAGCCACUCUGGGCGGCUCGGAACAAAAUAUUAAAAACACACUUAAACAUCAACAAUAAAAAACAAUGAUAUAGUGAGGAACUAUCUUGCUCUCAACUAUGUAACAAUAAUCUUGAACCCUGCAGUAGAUUUCCUUCUGUUUUUUCCGCUCCACCCUCACUAGUAAUGUAAACAUAUUCUGGAUAGCCUCACAGCUUUCACAGAUCCACAGCAAAGCUUGUGUUGUCCUGACCUGGGCUUCCUCUGCCUUUCCCAAAUGUGCCCUGAACAAAAACUACAAGUAUCGCUGGAGUCUUGUGAUAUCAGCAAGCAUAAAAAAUGCAGUGUGUUCAGUGAAGAUUGUCAGUGAAAUGUCAGAAACCAGAUAAAUUUACCAGCAUAGAAUGUAUGUCCACAGUUCAAUGAUGGACCAGUAUAAGAAUAUGGGAAGCUGCUUUAUAUGCAGGCCAUUGGACAAUCUAGCUGACUGGCAGCAGUAGAAAAGGAUAUCGCCCAGCUCUACCUGAAGAUGCAGGGAAUUGAACAUGGGAUCUUAUGCAUGCAAAGCAGAUACUCCACCACCGAACUACAGCCCCUCCCUUUAGCCAGCCCAAGCAAAAUAGGGCCCCUUUUGACUUAUUAUCCCUUCCUGCCCUUGAAAUGAUUCUGUUUAUGUGAUCACAAAUGUGUACAUGAUCACAAAUGCCACAGUUCCACCUGCACAAAUGUCCAGAAAAGGUGGAUCUAAUCUUAUCAGAUGAUUACAGUGGGUGUGGGUAUCCUCUCUUUUAAGGAUAAUCCAGUGAUGACUUACGAUUGAGUUGCACUAUAGCAGUCAGCAGGAUUACAUAUGGUUAAAUUAUUUAAAGUUGGGGGUUUCGCCUGUUGCGUUUCGGGAAAGACAAAUCUUGUGGUGUGCAUCUAGUCUGUCUCUUGACUUAAACCGGUGAAGGGUAUUUUCUGCUUGAAAUUAGAAUGAUUCUGCCUGUCUAACACAUCUGGCAAAUUAUCACAAACUGUUGCUCUCUGUGUGGAUGUGGCUUUGCAUGCAGAGGGGGAAAUUUUAAGAUCAAAACUGAAGGUUGAAGACCAACAAAGCAUAGCACACACACACACACACACCGAUCCCCUGUAUAUUGAGGACCCUCUUUUAAAAUAUCAAUGGCUUUGAAAAGUUGAAAGUAGUGUAGUUUUGCGUUUCCUGUGGAACCUAUCAGUAGAGAACAAUUUACAGUCGGUGCCAUUCUUCACAGCUGAAUGGAGAAGAGGUGCUUGUUCAGUGAAAUGGAGCAGCUGCAACCGGUUUGUUCUGUCUCACAUUAACAUUUUGCUUUUUAAUCAAGACCUUCACAGUCCUCUGCUACAGUUUUUCAGGACAGAAGUGGUCAGUACCGAGGCAGCUGCAGCAUAAUUCAACAUGUACAUGAAAGCAAAAUUAAAAUAAUAAUAAUAUGGAACUUCUGAGAAGUGAAGUAGUCCCUUAAUGUUGCCCAACCUAAAUGUUGCUAAACCAAAUUCAGAUGGCAGAAUGAAAACCUUGUUUGUUUGUUUUCAAAAAAAGGGUGCUGCUAAGUAUUCUCUGCGGCAGAAUGGAGGUUUUAACACUUCUUUUUAAGCUCAACCAGAACUUGAAAGGCUAGAUAUGUAGAUCAGAAUAUAUUGGUUUGAAGUCUUAUGGCAAAAUAAUUGAUGCCUAUGCAAUAGCAUAAAAAGAUCUGAGAAAGAUACACUUUUCUCAAUUUGUUUAUGUAUUGCUAGACAGUGGGUUCCCAAAAUGGGCACCAUGGGGGGGCAGUGGGAUUACCUAGGGGAGGCGCUAAGAGGUAGGCAGGUGCAAAUCACUAUCAAGUUUUGUAAAGCUGGUAUCACUGGAUCAAGUUUAUCAAUUUUGUUGAAUUAAACUAAAUGUGCAAUCAAUCAUUUAUGUUUUGAAUUCUACUGUGUUACUGUCUUCUUUAGUGGAUUGUGCAAACUGCAAUUCUAGGGGACACUGGAGAUGAGAUUAUGGAACUAAGGGGGCAGUGGCUCGAAAAAGUUUGGGAACCACUGCUUCAGAAAACCUGCUUCUUCCAGGUGCUCAGAAGUCUUUACAACUGGAGUUGCAGAAACCCGUAUGAAUUAUCAAGCUGUGGGCUGGGAAUGGCUUUCAGGUGGGCCUCAGUCUGUCUCCCGGCCACGCUGUUGCCUUUCAGCUAUCAGCAGCAGCUGCCCACAAGCACCUGCAAGAGCAGGAGUUGGUUAAAGAGAGCAAGGUUGUAGUAUGGAAAGUUGCCAGACAAGGAAGGAAAGAGGGGAGAGAGAUAACAGGAAGGAAGGAGGUGAAAGGGACUGAUAGGAAAUGGGAAGUGCUGGGUGCAGCGCUUUUUGAUGCCCCGCUUUACACACACACAAGCACACUUGCACCCCAGUUCCUCCCCACUUUCCAUUAGGGAUGGAAGCUUACACAAGCUCCCCUGCUCUCUAACAGCCCGGAGUGAGUCUUAUAACUGAUGCAAAACGGGUGCUUUCAUACCAGAAGAAAGCACAGCCCUGCAGGUGCUUCCCCCACAGGAAACAACUAUGUAACUGGGCUGUCACCACUCAGCACAUGGGUUUGAAGGGCAUGAAAGGAGCCUGCACUUGACAGUUUUUCCUCAAGCCCCUGGGUCUUUGUAUCUGCAAUUUGUUUGGACUUGGGGCUCUUAUGUUUUACAGGAUUCAGUAAUGAAAUUAAGGUUGCCCAGUACUGUAGAAUAAUAACUUGGCAAAUAUCAGAAAGCAUGUGUAAAUUGACAGUUCAGGUUCUCUCUCUCUUUUAUGUGUGUGCAGGAGGAGUCUGGCAUCCUUCUAAGCUUAGCUUUCAUCAGGCUAAAAAUAAAAACUUUUGUUUUACAUGACAAGCUGCCCUCCAAAAUUGUUCUUUGCAAAUGAACACUUUUGCAAGAGGAGCAGUAUCUUUUGACUCUCAGAUUUGGAACACAAAUGUUUUUGACUCGAGUGUCUCCUCUUCUUGCCCAGGGCCUUAACUCCGCAUUCUUUGUAUAUGCACAACUGUUGGACUGCCUUGGGCUCCCAUCAUGCUGCCUGUUCCACAUGUUCAGUUUUUUUGUCAGUGGUGCCAGGUGCAAACUCAGCUUAAAAAAUGUACUUAGAUUGGUUGCCGCCACCACAAUCUGAAAUAUUUAAAAUGCUUUUACCUUCACUUCCAUCUGUUCUUAACUCAUAGCACUGUAUCAGUGGAUAGGACUUUCAGGGCUUUUGGAAUGGAACUGGAAGAUCAAUGUUAUUUUAUUUUUGUUUUGAUUUGAUCCAUUUGAGGAUAUGGGUCCAUCAGCAAAAAUGUCAUUUGUACUUUUUAAUGGAACGCUUUGGACCAAUGCGUCUGUGCUCUUCCCACCUACUGAAACAUGGAAUUCUAAUGAGAAACAUGCCCUAGUUUGAUUCUGCUGGGCUCCAGACUUUUGUCUUCAGUUUGGGGAGAGACUGUUGGGUAGAUCUCUAGAUGUAGAGUUCCUUGGGAGUUUUGAUGUCAAAAUAACCUUGUGUGUGGAUUGCACAGAGCAAAUGGCUAGAUUUUUAAACAGCUUGAUAAUGUAGUACUUUUCUGUUAUUUUAUGAGGCUUACCUGUUUUCCACAUAAAGCCUGGAGUACUCUCCCAAGCAUAUGUUGCAGAACAACAUGAUAACUUAUGGGCAGGCAAGGAAGGAGAGAAAAUAGGCCUGAACCUGCUGGUACUAAGCAUUCUGACUCUGUUAAGCUUCAUGCAAAUCUUGAAUUUUAAUAUUUUGCUAAAUCUGCUAUGUACACAUAACAAUACAGCUCCAAGUCUGGAGAAGACUCUGGGUGGGUGGUUAUCCCUAAUCAUGAGAUGUCACUUUGGGUCAGGGAGGCAGUCAUUAGACAAAUAGUUGCAACAUUUUUGAGCUUUUGGUUUCCCUGUGGCCGCCUCUGGUGGGCUUUUAUGUCUUUGCACCUACUCCUUUCCUUUAAUUGGCUAGCCUUGCUUCCAAAGAAGCUCAGAAGUGGCCAAUAGAAUAGCCUGCAUUCGCUCCCCUUCUAAGGAAAACAAAUGUUUCUGUUGCCCUUCAGGAGGCUCAUGGUGACAGUUUUUCAGAACACCCUGUUUAGUACAGUCUCCUGCAGAUGUUCAUCUGGCUUGCUUUUAUCACACCAAAAGCAGCUUUUGUCAGAAUCAAAGAUAGAAUGUGUGCUAGCCCUCUGUUCCACUUAAAGCUACAAGGAUGGUGUCAUCUUAACCACAUUGUGUGUCCUCAAGUAUAUGUACAACAGGUAAGGCCAUCAUCAUGAUGAGCUUGGGCUUCGUGUUUUCAGUGUCCCAAGAGGUGUGACUUCUGUAUUAACAAGCAUUCAACCCUACAUUUUUUUCAGGCAGCAUAAGAAGGUUGAAAGUAAUGAUAACCGCAUUCAAAAACAGUUGCUGGUUAUCGUUCUGGUGUCUCUUUCUUCUAGCUGUGUGUGAGUCCUAAUUUUAGAAGUUGUUGUGAAGGAUAUCUAGUUUGGCAGCAUAGCAAGAUCACAAACGAAACAGUACGAAUGAGAUUUCACAGUAGGAAGGAAAUAGGAACCCAUUCAGAGGUCUCAGUUGGCCACAACUAUGCUACCUCUACUAAUAAUUACGUAAAAGUCGUUCAACAUAGUAGACCAGAAAAUUUCAAAAUGCUUGAUCUCUCCUUUUCAGUGAAUUUCUCAGUGCAUCAGAAGUAUCUUUAUUAUAAUGCCCUUUUGUUGAAUAAUACCUAUGUUUUUAUAAACAAGUUUGUAUUUUAUAACCGAUUUUGAAAAUGUUUCCAAUAAGAAGAGAGGGAAGUAGUUUGUGAUGAGGAAACUAUUUAUGAGAAACAUUUUGCGGAAUAAGAAGCUUGCUGAAGCACAUGGAACACGUCUCAUUUUUUCAGCUGUUUCUUGAACAUUUUACUGCCUGUUAAUUUCAGUGUUAGAUGUCUUGAUUUGGGCUGGGUUUUGGUGGGGAAGCAAUUUGCAAACUUUUACAUUGUAAGUGAUGUUGCAGUCAUGAAAGGGACCAAUAACACAAAUCUCUUUCAUUGUGUCUUCUAGGCAAUACAGUGAAUGAAGAAAGCAAUGAGUCUUCAGGACCUGAGGGUGACCAGACUACACAGGUCAGAAAUCCCUCUUGUAACUCUGUCUGAUAAAAGGAUAUGGUUGGUGUUAGCAGGAGUUACUAAACAUCAGCUGUGGUUUUCUGUAUGUAGAUAAGAUUUCAAAAACAUAAUUCUUUUUUCUCAAGCACUGUAAGGCAAGCAGAGGAGGCUGAUUUUUCUAUGAGCAGCAAAAGCAUCUGGCACAAGUUGCAAAUCUGGCCACACUCAAGAUGGAGCCCAACCAUAGUUCUGUCAAUAUUGUGGAGUGAGGCAGGACUUUAUUAUGAAAGGGAGGAGGUUCCUAUGUUUCUGUAGUCCAGCCCACGUCAUGACUUGACAUCAUCGCUUUCUGUGAGGUGGAUGAAGUUACAUGGUAUAUACCCCCCUACUUCAUCUUGCCAGCCUUCUUCCCUUACUUACAGUGAUGUGUUAAACAUUUACUGCUGAUGAGACUAAACUGGAAACAUAGCCUUACCAGGCUCAAACAUAAAAGACUUCUAGAAGAUUUAAAGUACAUAAAGCAUUGAAAAUUAAUGUGUAAAAGAAUAAAUGCUACAACUUCUAUAUGCAAGCCAGUAUACUUGAUUUAAUUUUUAGAUAAUUGCUUUAUUUAAAUACUUAGUGUUGUAGCCAAUGUUAGUCCUACUCAGAGUAGAUUCACUGAGCACAACUUACUUAGUCAUCCAAUGGGCAUGACAUACUUAGCUUCAUUCAUUUUAGUAGGUCUACUCUGGGUAUACUUAGUUGGAGACAACCCUUUUAAACUAGCAUUUAUAUGAGAGUGUGUGUUCGUGGAAGGGACACAAAUAUGCACGAGAAGUACUGUUAAUGACUAGAUUUUCUGGUGUCAAGACAGUUUCACUGGCCAAAACUGUAAGUCAUUUUGCAGGAUAGUGGAGCAUACCAUUGGAUUAUUUAGAGGUGGUUCUUUCUUUGCUUCCUAACUGUUGCUAAUCUACUUUUAUGGACAUAUGAUGUCCAUUGCUUGUAAUCAAUGUAUCCCUAUAAUAGAUCUGGCUCAGUAAAAAGUUAUGUUAUUCAAAUUUGUAGUGCUAAUUAAUAUAACUAAUGAGUUCAGAAAAAGGAACUGUGUGUGUUGCAAACACUUUACUUUUUAGUUCAUUGCGGUAGCACUCGCUGCCAAAGAGGCAAGCUGCUAGUGACUUUGAAAAUGGCUUGUUUCUUCAUUACUAAUUGCUGUAGUAAAAAUAUGAAAGAAAAUUGUGGUUGCACAUAUUGGAUGGUAUCCCGUGUUAGUUCCAUUCAUAAUAAACUCAUUGAAAUCCAUAGAUUUAAGUUCAUUAAAUCAUUGGUGUGGCUGUUUUUUCUUCUCAGUGGAUCUGCUCUGAAUAUGACUAAGUUGUACAGUUGUACCUCUGGUGGCAAACGGGAUCCGUUCUGGAGCCCCGUUCGCAACAUGAGUAGAAUGCAACCUGCGUGUGUGCUGGUCGCUAUUUGCCCCUUCUGCGCAUGCGCGUGGCGUCAUUUUGAGCAUCUGCACAUGCGCGAGCGGCAAAACCCGGAAGUAACCCCUUCCGGUACUUCCAGGUCGCCACAGGAUGCAACCUGAAAAGAUUUAACCUGAAGCAAACGUAAAAAGAGGUAUGACUGUAUAUCCUUUAAUUCCCGUUCAUAUCUGUAAACAUAAUAUACGUCUUCAUUUGUAUUGUGGCCACUAUAUUGUCUCUUUUGGCUAAGUAUAAUGACCUAGUCAAUGAAAAAUAUUAGAAUAUAAAGAUUCAGGUGGCAUACAUUUAUAAAUACAUUUAUAGAUACAUUUAUAGCACAGAUGAAAUGCUACUGUAGCAGCUAUGGCUUAUGGUAUAGUGAAAUUUGUCUCCAGGUAGCAGAUUUUGGUCACACAUAGAACCUACUUUGCUUCUGAAACACUCUCCAGGUAGGAUUUUCUAACACCUGCUCUGAUGUCUUUUAAUAGUUCUUUUUUAAAUGAUUUGUGUUUAAUAUAUGCUGAAAGGUGUUCUAUGUUUAUAUUUACUAUUUUAAUUGUUUCAGGUUGGAGGCAACCCAUGGUUAAAGCAGCUUAAAACUAAAACAACUUGCAUAAUGGGAUGACUUCAUUGGAUACAACCCUGUGUCUUUAAAUUUCUUACUUUGUUGAUUUAAUAAUGUAAGCUAUCCUCAGAGUAGAAACAGUCAUGGAUAGGAGAUGAAUGGUUUAAAUAAACGAGUCAUCUAUAUACUAAUACUGAUUCAAAUCUUCCCAUGCUUUUGUAACCAAAACCUCAUUAUAGAUACUUAUGAGAGAUAUCAGAAAUUUAUAGCAGAGAUUACCUAUUGCUGGGAGGUGGAAACAGCCCCAUAAUAAUUUGGUGGCACAUGUUGCUGCUGCAUUUACCAGGGGCCAGAAUCUUACCAUGGGGGGCAGACAGGGAAAAUUGAAAGGCUGGUGAGAGAGCUGGAAGAGUACUGGUCAGACCUAGACCUGCAUAGCUUCAGCAAGGUGAUGGCCUCCUGUGCUUUCAGACCAUAUUCUGGGACAUAUGUGUGUGUGUUUUGUAAAAAGGACCAUCUCAUUGUUUGGCUAGGUCACUUCCUGUUGCACCCUGAGAAACUGUUUGUAAAUGUCCCCAGAGAUGGAAGAAAGAAAGAAAGCUGCCCAUAGAUAUCCAUGGAGAUUUUAAUUGGAUGUGAGUUUAUACAACCCCCCGUCCAACCCGCCCCCCUCAAAAAUGAAGCGGGGAAACCCAAAUGGAGCAAAAAACUCAUCAGGUAGAAAGAACUGAGUAUGCCCAGUGGGCAUGAAAUGCCUAAUGACUGUUGCCAGGGAAACCUUGGGGGAGGGGAUUUAAAGGGAAUCUGGAAUUCCAAGCAGGGAGUGAUGUACACUGCAACAUUUUGUUGCAGUUCCCUCUGAAAAAUAAAUAAAUAACAAAAUAAAUAAUUACCUACAUAAGAUGUACCCUAAGGAAGUAUUCCAAAAAUAUGGCAAACUGUGUUGUCCAUCACACUUCAGAAAGAUUUUACAAAAGAUUAAUUGCUUACAUAAGGUUCACCAAGCAAUAAGGAGUCCUUAUUUUAGACCUAGUUUGCACAGUAGGGAGGAAUUAGAGAACAUGGACAGAAUAGGUACCUAGGGAGAAAGUGAUAAAGGAAUGUUUGACAUCAUGUUUCUAAGAAAAGAAUGGUACUGAAAAUAGUAGACAAAAGAUAAUGGCCUUAAUUUUUAGUAAAGUACCAUUAGGUAGUAAGAAAAGAAAACAAGAGAAAAAACUGUGAAAAAGUUUUCAAAUUAAGAUGGAGUCAGAAAAGCUGUUCAUUUCUGAAAGUUAUCUUGGGAAAUGCCAAUGCUAACACAAUACUCUGUACUCGGACAAAUUAAACAAGCUAGGAAAAUUAGAAGGAACAAAUAUUUCAUUGCUGAUGAGAAGAAUUCAGGAACCUCAUGGGCAUUAGAAGCAUGGAAGAAUGAUUCUUUGUAUAAAAUAUGUUUUCAAGCAUAGUAAAAAUGAGGAAGCCAAACUCCUCAAGUGAAUUAUAGGUGACUGGGGAUAGCAGGAACUACAGGCAAAAAAGCUGAUCUGUCUGUGAACCCCAUCACAAGACUGCUGCUACACAUACUCUUGCUGCUGUUUUUUCCCCACUGUACCUAUUUAAAUGGCACAAGGAGUGACAGCUGUUGCCACCUUGUUGUCUGCUACCAAUUUAUUUUUUAUUUGGGGAGCUUACGGGAAAAUAUUGAAAUAUGAAAUGCAGCAAUGAAUGAGGGAAGUCUAGUUGAUCACUGCAGUCCUUUCUGAAAACAGCUUUUGGUAUAUCAUUUGCCCUCUUUGCUAGUGCUUUUGAGAUUAUUCGCAGGGAAGUGAAUUGGUGAAAAAUAUAAUACUGGGACUGGUCAUGCACAUCACUUUUUCAUGUUUGAAUAUGGUAGAUCCCUGAAUUUGUUCUCAAGGGACCAAAAGAAUAAGGUUAUGUCUGAAGACUGUGUACUCUUUAUUGUGCAGUCACACUACAUAUAUACCAAAACUGCUUUGGGUAGCAUUUUUCUUAUCCUAAGAAUCCUGAUUGUCUGUGUGGCUUGUUUUGAAGAUGCUUCAAGCCUUAUAGUAGAGGCAGAAUGGUAGGAUUCCAGGAGCAAGUAAUUGACUGCUUUCAUACUUUGGCUCUGCAGCGUGUUUUUGAACUACAGCUUUCAUGAGCCCCAACAAACAUGACCAAUGGCCAGGGAUGAUGGGAGUUGUAGCUCACCAAUAUCUGGAGAACCGAAGAUUCCCCACACCUGCCUUACAAGGAUAGAAAAAAAUGUGAGGAAAAUUUGCAAGGAGAAAAAUGCAAAAUGGUGCCAUGAAGCAGUAAUUUUAACAUGCAUUGCCUCACAGAAAUCCUAGGAAGAUGUAAUAGGUGUUCACAUAGAAAUAUUUAAGAUCAAACUAUCUGUUUUUGUCAACUUAAAACCUUUAUUGAUACCACUUUUAUUGUUUAUUUCUAUCAUUUUAUGGGUUGCUGUUAGAGAUGUAAUGUCAUGGAGGGGGAAACCAUUUUUUUUACAGCUCUCCCCCAUUUUUAUGUUUUCUAAGUCUUCACAUCUCUAGUUGCAGUGUAUAGGCAAGCUUCUAAACAGGCUGAAUAAAAUAAAACAAAUAGAUCACUUUUCCUAGGAAGUUUGCAGACAUUGACUGAUGUUUAAACCUUUAUUUCCAUGCCUGUGCAUUACAAAGAACAAACUGUAAAGUUGAUAGAUGUUUGUGUUCUAAGCUAUGCAUUGAAAUGGAGACAGAAAUGCUUGUGUGGUUAUGAAUAAACAAGAAGGGCAUAGCUACUAGUGAGUCAUAUUUCAUGUAUUUGCAUGUCAAGAAAUUCUUUGGAAAACAUUGCACAAAGAUAUACAGCAAACACUUCCAACUUUCCCCCCAAUAAUAAAUACACGAAGGUUUGCUUCAUAUGAAGGAACCUAUCUUACAUAAGCACAAUUGUAUUAAUUAUAUUGUGUAUCCCCAAGAAAUGUUCUCUUUUUGUAUAUGCCUUCCUUGAACACAAGUGCUUCAAAUUCCACCUUGGACUUCAACUCUGUUCUACUGCUUUUAGGCAGUGCUGACAUUUAUGAGCACUGAAACCUUGGUCACAGUAAUUUUCCUGGGUUUAGGGGCAUCCAUGGUGAUGGUAUUGCUCAUCUAAAAGGGGUGACAGUGGACAAGGUCUUCUGAGUUGUAAUUUCCAGUAAUGGAGCAAAGUUGACUUUUCAGUAAUGUGCUGCUGAAAGCAGUUUGCUGAACCAGAACUAAGACUUCCUAGAGGAGAGUGGCAAGAAGGUUAAACAAGAAACCAUACAAUUCUACAAUUAGCUCACUGACAGAGUUGUAUGGCUUAUUAGAGAUGAUGGCCUUUGUCAUUUGGAUCCAUUCUCCUUGCUUAACAAAAAAAUAAUUUUAAUUAAAUUAUAUUGCAAAAAAGGCUCAGGUUAAAAAAGGAAAACAUUCCUGUCUGCAGAGGCAAUAUACAUAGUUUAUUUCCUUUUAACAUUAGCCUCUUUUGAAAUUAACCUUUGAAGAUGAUGGGAGAGGACUGAGAAAUCCAUCUGUUCUCGUAAUGCUGAUCUUUGCUCUUAAAUCAUGAGACUGUCAACUUUUUAUGAUCACUAAUAUGGUUAUUGUAGGUUGACAAAUGUACUGCAUUAGGGUGGUUGUAUGCCAAGGUGGUUUUUAGGACUGGGAGACUCAAGUUCCAAGCCCCAGUCAGUCAUCAGGUUUGCUGGGUUGCCUUGGUCAACCUGCUGGAUUAUAGUUUAACUUUGUUUCACAUAAUUGCUGUAAAGAUUGUCAAUGACUUGCAUGGAAAACUACCAUAGGAAUUUUCAUUAACAAUAAUUUAUGUUGAUGAUUUUCCAAACGCUACUUGACUGAAUUGUUCUGCCUUGAAUCUCUGGCUGAUACUCUUGACUCCCCACCCCCUCCUGCUUCAUUUACUGCUCACCUAUGUGCAGUCCUCAUAGUCUUGCCAUUUCCUCCUUUUGUUCUUUGCUAUCAUAGUCCUUGUCUAAAUGUAUUUUGAUUGCUCCAAUCUUAUUUUCAGAAUACAGAGUUCUGCCCUUAAGAAUGAAUACUGAGUUGCAGUGCCAGAGUUCACAGCUAUCAUUUCACCUAUCCCCCUUUAAUUCUCUCUUUGACACAUUAAGAAAAUUAAGAGAAUAAUUGUUGCUUUGUUUUGUUUUGCAGCAACCAACAGCAUAGUAUGUACUACCUGUAACAAUAAAUAAAACCUCAUCUGAUUCUGACAGAUGGCAUGAUCAUGAAUUAGGAUUUAUAAAGCUUAUCAAACAUCUGUGUUUGAGUGCCCUGGGGAAUAGACUGGUGCAAGAAACAAAGAAGGUAGUUGUAGAAAUAACUGCUGUGGUUUGUAUUUGUCUACUGUCACCUUGUAAAAGUAACUUAUGCUUGCUUCUUUGACAUUGCAUUUUGCACUGAUGGCCAGAUGUGCUUUUCUUCAACAGAUGCCAAAUGUAUUGGUGCUUCCUGUGAGUUAUUUAUAAAAAAGCAUCCAAAUAUUGUUUUGUGAAGCUGAUCACAAAUUCACAUAUUUGCCCUCCAACCUUAUUUUUCAUUGCCCUAGUUCUUCACUGUACUCUUCUCCUGCUUUAUUGGGUGACUUAUACUUCUAGUGGUCAAAAUAAAUCUUCCAGGGUCUACUUAAUCCCUGCUUUCCAAAAGUCAACAUCAUACUUGCUUUCUUUUUCAUUUAGAUGGGCCUGGAUAAACUUCAGCAGCUAGAAAACUGCAAUCUAACAGCAACCACUUUAUGCCGGUAAUCUUCAAAAUAUAUAAGUUGUGCAGUAAAGCAUCUCUUUGAAUGAGAGUAUUGUCUUCCUUUCCCUCCAGUGUGAGAGACAAUUCUAGCAUUGGCUGGGUCAUCAAAUAUGUUACCCAGUACUAUACCAGCAAAGAAAUUAACAAGUGGUCAGUUUAUUGUCUUGCUAUUUGAUCUUCAAAACAGACACUUGGCUUUAGUCUUGUAGUUUCAGGUUUACUGUUCAAAAGGAACCAGUGAUCAUUAUAGGCAAGUGGUCAAAUGCUGUCUUUUAUUGACCCUUGUUUGUGCUUUAUAGUUCAUAUGAAAGGCACAAGCUUCACAUCUCCUCUGCUUGGGAGCUGGCUUUGGUCCAAAGCUAUCUGGGGAAAACCAGAAGGUGUGGCUCAACUUGUAGUGUGUGCAUCUCAGAGUAGACUUGCAUACUCAGUUUGACACAAAGAGCCAAAGGUUUGAGGUCAGCUUGUUUCUGAAGAGGCAGUGGGUUGGGACUGGAAACACGCAGAUAUUUUUUUAACACUCUCCCACCAACAAAAUGUGUGCUAAAGCAGAAAAAAACCAUGCAACUUUAACAAAUUUGCCUGUGUGCAAAUUUUGCAUUAUCUUCUACUUGUAGAAGGAGCUCAGCCCAUUAGAAAUCCUGCUGAACUCCCUCUGGGACUUCAACAAUUGCCCAUGCACUUUGAAGGCUAACUUCACAGUUGUAAGUCCUGCAAAUUUGCUUUUAAAAUAUUGAAAGCUGAGAUUCUCAAGAUGUUGGAUUUUGUGAUCAGUACCAGACGUUGGUGUGUCUGUGUUGUGGCACAGCACAGAAGAAUUACAUACACACAUGUAUAUGUCCUGCAUACUAAGCUCUUCAGAAAGAUGCACUUCAGGCUGGUCAAGGCAGACAGAGGAGAAUGGAAAGCCUUCUGCAUCUUUGAACUGGAUGAUUGGCUCAUGAGGUCGAGCAGAGCUGAAAGGAAUCUUGGCAACAGCUGUAGUACAGCAAUGUUAAAAGAUCCAGAGAGUGCAGAAAAAGUUGCUAUCAUUUAUAAUCAAUCCCUGAUGCUUGCUCUUUUGCCCUUUCUCGUAAUAAUUAAGCUGAUGCAAAGGAAUUAUUGAGCAUGCACUCUUCCUCCAGCACUUUGUAUUUCUAUCAUCACAAUGUCUUUCCAUUUUUGCAACACACCUUGCAAAUAUUUGGUAACAGGAUGAUAGCUUCAGUUUGAUUUUUCCAGUUCCUAAAUAGAACUGAGCAGUGAUAGUUUGGGAGCAGAAGUCAUGCCAAAGCUGAAUGAGCUGUUCUUUGCUACAAUUCAGAGAAAUUGCUACUGAAAAGGAUCCUGUUUAUAUAAAAAUGCAGGAAGUCUCUACCAGAACUCUUUAAAAGAGAUUAGAAGGGCAAUUCAGAGUUGUACAAUAGAUGUAGAUGAGUUCUUAUAUAUGCUUUUGUCUUGAGAUAACUUUGAGAGAGGUUUCAUGACCACCCCCAAGUAUGUUCUUUAGCGUCAUGUUCCUAUAAGCUUCAUUUUACAAACCCUGUUAAGACAUUUGUGCAAAAUCUGAAAAUGAGGAACAGCCAAAAACCAGUACCUUUUCAUAGUGGCUUCUCACCUCAGCUGUUUAAUGAGUUGUUCUGAAGAAUACUCAUGUAUUUAGCCCGAAAUUUCUCAGGCAAUUUAGGAUUUGCAGCCUUUGUGUCUGAUUUGAGAAAAUAAAGGAAAACUACUACAGACCAGUGCAGAAUUUCUCCCUCAGCCUGGCACUGAUGUCCCUCUAUACUCUAUAGGAACACCUUGUACAUCCCCACAGGAUGCUGACUGUACUUCAUAAUUCCCAAAAGAACAGCCAUUCUCAUGAUUCAUCUCAAUUCAAAUUAAAUCUUCUCAAGGACAUCCACAUUUUAUUUUUAACUGUUCCUUCUCUUCUUUCGAAAAGGAACAGCUAUAAAAAUUGCUCCUCCUUGUUAGUCAGUCAGUAAGGGGCAGGUGUGUGGUAGAAUAUAUGGUAAAGUGGUCAUCUUUAUCCACCCAGAAGUAGGACAAGCCUAUCAAUGACUGCAAGUGGUUCAGGCUGGCAGUGGCUACUUCUGGGUUCGACAAUAGGAUGAGGCUAUUGUAGGCUUCCAAGGACAAUCUGGUUGGCUGCUGUGGAAACAAGAUGCUGUACUUAACCCAAGUAGAUCCAUGCAUGCUGCUAACCUUGUUCACAUUAACCUCAUACAUUCACUGCAUGUGGGGGGGGGGAGCAAGGUCAUUCUAGCAAGCUCUGAAAUCUCUCUGUGAUUUCAGCUGAAGACAUGUGUGUGACUUGGUUUGUGCAUAAUGGUAAGCUGAACUAUGGCUUACCAUGAUUGAGCAAAGCGUGCCAGAGCGUGCUGAUUUGGCUUCCUCUCCUGGUUUGCUUGGAUAGAAAGAAACCAUAAGCAUUGGUUUGCAUGUGAUACUAAAUCAGUGCUCUGGUUCAUUUACUCUCAGGAAACAAGGAAGGUACCAACAUGCUUGCUCAUUGUAAGUCAUCAUGCAGCUUAUUGUGACAUGUGAACCAGACCAGGGGAUGUUAGAUGAACAGAGAUUUAUACUAAGGACUAUUGAGGCUAGGGCCAGGAUUGCGUGUGUUGUGGCACAGUGCAUUAUUUCCCCCCAUGAUUGGCUGACAUUAUGAGACUUCCUGAUUGGCUAGGGAGAGAUACUCCUUAUGCCCUGGCUUUGUCAGCAAAGUUAUAUUUCCUAGCUGCUGAUCAAGGUCUGCCUUCAGCUCUUGAAACUGAUUGCAGGAAUCAUGAGUUUGGGGAACAUUCACGGCAGUCUAGUUCAGAGUACAGUCACCCACCGCACCAGCCCUGGAAAGGAUUUGAACUUGGGUUUUCCAUCUAAACCAGGGGCCAGCAAACUUUUUCAGCAGGGGCUGCUCCACUGUUCCUCAGACCUUGUGGGGGGCUGGACUAUAUUUUUUUUGGGGGGGGGGAAUGAACGAAUUCCUAUGCCCCACAAAUAACCCAGAGAUGUGUUUUAAAUAAAAGCACACAUUCUCCUCAUGUAAAAACACGCUGAUUCCCAGACCAUCCGUGGGCCGGAUUUAGAAGGCGAUUGGGCCAGAUCCGGCCCCUGGGCCUUAGUUUGCCCACCCAUGAUCUAAACCCUCUGCUGUAGCUGCUUUGUUCUGCUGACUGCCCUUUCCAAAUGUAAUUUGUUAAAACUCAGAAAUAAUGGAGUCUUGGCUGAUAUGUCCUGUGUUAUUAACAUUUGCCACUGAAGUUCUGUCUGCAAGCUCAAGCUUUCCAUUGUAGGAUAUUGUACUAUUACUCAUCUCUUUGAAUUGUGAACAUCUCUUUGAAUUGUGAACAUCUCUUUGAAUUGUGAACAUACAGCAUUUAGAUAAUGGGUGAACAUUGCUGAACAAGAAAAGCACCUGUUUUUGUAAAUAAAUGUUUACCAUCAGCUGUCAUUGCAGCCUAUAUAUGGUCCCUGAAUUUCUAAUGUAAAAUGUUAAAGACGCUCUUCAAAAUUAUUUGAAUUGACAGUCCACUUUACUUGGAAAUUGUGAUGAUGGUAUACCUGACAGCAUUUUGUGUAGCCAACUGUUGAAGAAUAUGUUUUGAAUGCCCCACACUUCGCAAUGGGACAAGCUGGGUAAAGGUGAAUGUUAUGCAGAAUCAGCAUGUCUAAGGUAGAAUAACAAAUCCUCCAAACACACUGCUGUAAAUUACUGUAUGUGCUGGAAAGAGACAAGCAUGGAAGCUUAAGCCAUUUUUAUAACCUUCACUUUGCGCAGCACUGUUUUGUUGUGAUAUGCGUGUUGAAACCAGCUUGGCAAGUUAACAGGAUUGAUAAGGUGCUGUCCCAUGCUUCCAUACUUAGUACUGUUAGAUUGGCAUAACAUCUUGGGAUUGACAGAUACCGCCCUUGCUCUUGUCACCAAUGUUGUUUGUCCGAAGCUAGGCAUGGAAAAGCUUAGUUAAUUGCUAUGGUUGAGAAGUAAAGGUUAACCUAACUUGAUAAGAUCUUAUAUACAAAACAAUACCUUUUUAGUCAGCCUAGUACUGAUGUGUAGGUGCCACACUUUGUUUAAAAAGAAAUCUGGUUAAAAAGAAAUAAACUAUCCAGUUAUAACACAUUUUGUCCAUUGUUUUUUUUAAUGUGUGUAAUUCAGUACCCCCGUGGCAAACUUAAUUGGCCAGGAUUUGGAAGCCUGCUUAAGUGCUUUGUUGUUCUUGUUUCUUCUUUAAACAUUGGUAGAGUUCAUUGUAGAUUGCAGUUUACCUGGAUCUUUAUGACGUAUUUGGAGGAGUAGGGUUUGCAGCAGGGCUUCUUUUUUCAACUGGAACUCACCGGAACUGAGUUCCAGCACCUCCCAGGUGGGCGCCAUUGCCAUUAUAAGAGAACAAGGGAGGCGUCCAUGGUGAGUUCUGGAACCUCUUUUUCUAGAAAGAUAGCAGUGGCUUUCAGACAGCUGCAAUGGGUGCAGAACUCUCCAGAAAGGUCCAAGCUUCCUGGAUAUCUCUAGGAUGGGGAUGGGGAACCUCAGGCUGGGAGCAAAAUGUGGCUUCCAGGACACUCAUAUCAGGCUCUUGGGACUUUUCCUAGGCCACUCCCAAACUUUUCCUGCUCAGCAACCCUCUUUGAAUGGUUUUGCCUGGCUGGCAUGUGUGCUUGAGCUGUCAUAAUGCUUUUUGCUUACCUGGAUGGCACAGGGAGGUGUGUGUGUGUAAUGACAUUAAUUGCUCCACUCAUUUUUGCCUUUGGCCCAUCCCAAUGCCAGCAUGAAGUCCCCUAAGGUUAUCCACAUAACUUUUUCAGACUUGUUAACUUCUUUGAGAGUUAAAUACAUGAAACAGUGUGCUAGGUAGUAGUUUCUAAAUGAUACAUGCAUCCAGUUGUGUCCCUUUAUUCACAGAAGGCUCCCUGAUCUGGCAGAGACUUCCCUGAGGGGAAAGAGGGGAAAUGAUUUUUGCUUGUUCCCCUCUUCCUUUUGUAGUCCCCUCUUGCUUCCACCACCCCACAGUCUGCUCCUGACAGCUGGGGUGGUGUGGGCUUCAGGAAAGAAGGAGAACUUGUGGAAAUCAUCCCCCUUUCUAUUCACAGAAAAAUCUGCUAGUUCAAAGAGCCUUCUAUCUUUGGAGGAGCGUGAUUGGAUACAACCCAUGGUUUUAAAUCUCGUUGGGGCAGUUAACACAGCUUCUUUGCCCUACAUAAGAAUCCACACAUGUUUACCAUGCAAUAUGCAUUAAAAAUAUAUUUUUAAUGGAAUUCUAUACCUAAAAUCCUUUAUUUAUAUGGAACUUCCUACACAAUAUUUCUUUUAGAAUAUAUUUGAUUGAGCAUUCAUAACUGUUGAAAUUUAAAUAGAAUGAUGUAAUCUGAAGAGAGAUAAACUAAAAGACCAAAUAGAAGUAGCAUUAACUUCACAAAGUCUCCAUAUCUCUUUUAUUAUUUGUUUGUUGUUUAUUUAUCAUUUGAAGCUGUUAAAUUUUCAACUACAGAACUCCUUCUGAAAUUUUUAUUGCCCAUCUCUUAAGAGCCAUUUUUCUGCUUUACGGUUUUAUUUCAUGGCAUGGUUUCUGCAGGUUACUCUCAUAGGGAAAACAUAGCAUAAUGUGGGAAGAAGAUAUAUUUGGUGAUGUCCUUUUGAUUGCACAUGACAGCUCAUGUGCUUAUUAAGAGAUGGGGGAAAGCAAUAUGCUUCUUCCUAGAAUGUGCAAGGUUUGCACAGACUGAAGCGGAAACAGUUAAUUAGAGCCAUCUGAUGUUUGAAAACCAAGGAAGCAAGUCAAUGGGUUUUGAGACCCUCCCCCCUCUCCUACUUUCCAAUGAGCUUUGCUUCUUGAUGGUUUUAUAAAGCAAACUCUUGCAAGGAGGAAAAGAAGUUCACUCAACUGGGUUGUUGCUGUUGCCUUACCAUUUCCUCGUAUUGCAGCAAUGCAGUUGAGAGAAUGAAGAGGGAUUUGUUACUAAAAAGGAGAGAAGCACUUUUCCUUUAAUAGGAUGAUUUAAAAAGAUGUCAGAAAAGGACCAAAUUCGAAAGCAAAACAGAAGGAAAUUGAGAUAUGGAAAAAAUGAGUGCCUUACAAUGCAGAAUUGGUAGUGGAGGUGUAUAUACAAUUCUAGGUCAUGGCAAUUUCAGGCUUCUGAAUCUUAUAGUUAAUGCAUUUUACAUCAUAUUCAGGCUAGAUUGCAUAUGUGUAGGGUAGAGUGUUUAUUUAUGUCUCUCCAUAGUGGAUGGUCCUAGGAUGGGCCUCAUUCACUACAAAAUACAACUAAGCACAGUAAAAUGACAUUAAAAUGGUUAUAAAUUCAUAAAACCCAGCACAUUGAUGCAUUUAAAUACUGCUCCAUAGCGCUUAUGAAACACAGUCUUUGCUGCUUUCAUGAUGCUACUGAGUGAUUAAGGGGAAAAGAUUCGGCCCUGCUACCCUUUUCACAGACAUGGCCAGCCUGAUAGUGGUGGUCUACCAAACAAGGCCCCUCAGAAAACCUAAUGGAUUGAGAAGAUGCACAUAGAAGCAGAUGUUUUCCCCUACUUAAGUUUAGCUUGCAUUUUCUUCUGUCUGAGAUGUAGGAGCACAGUGCCUUAACUUGGUAACCAUAGAAUUUUCUGGUAAGUUCAUUUCCUGCUUUUAUAAAAGAGUUGUGUUUCUCAAACGCCAUGGCUUUCAGAGAUAUUAGCUGUGGUUCUUGCAUACAUUGCCCACAAGACUGAAAUGUUAAUCCUUGUUUAGUCAAAUGAACUAGGUGUGGAACCCAACACCAGAAGAGGAGAAGCAGGGUGCCUGUAAAAGCGAGAUGGAAUGAAACAAUACAUUGCAAAUUGUCAUAAUUAGGGUGUUUAGCCAUUUGAAAACAAGAGCUUAACCUCUCUUUUGUCUGCUAAAGAUUCAGAACAGCAUUUUUGUAAAUCAUUCAUUACUGCUUGCAGCGCUGCUGUAUAAAAGAAUAACUUCUAUUGUUGUCAGCAUGGCAUUUCUUCCAAAUCCAUUUCAUUCCACUCGUAAGGAAGAGGAAUGAAUGGGACAGGACAACAUAUGAAGUUACCUUCCUUUCUCCAGCUUUUUUUCAAAUGAGUGCAGUUAACUUUAAACAUAUUUUCCCUCACAUGCUAUAUUAAUAUGGGUCAUUAUUUGAAGUCCUACAUUUGUGCAACAAUUAAGCUGCAAGCAGGUGUUCCCUGGGGUGUAGUUUUAGCAAACAAAACAAGACUCUAGGGAUUUUAAUUCUCUCUUAUGCCGUUAAACAAGGACAUCAUGCCUGACAGCAUGUUUUCUCUUACAGGGGAAAGUAGACCGGUGCUCUGAUCCAGCAUGCACAGUUGCUCUUAUUGUUCAGGGAAAACUACUAACAACAGAGGCCUUGUGACCUUUCCUCCUUCAGGCCACUUUCCCCCUGCUUAUUAAUCACAAUAGCAAUAAAUGCACUGUCUGGGGAAAGCGUCAGAUUAUCCAGCUGCAAAAUGUUACUGUUUUUUGCUCUUGAGAAACGCAGUAUUCCAUGUGACCGGAGGACAAUCUUGCGUGUAGGCAACGUACACCAAAGAGAAACAAACACACACAUUUAUAGUCUAGUAAGCUGCUUGUGUGGAAAGGCCCCUGUAAUCUGAUUUAAGAGUUGCUGAUACAGGAUUGAGUCAUGUAAAUGAAUACUGGAACCUCUAGAAUAACGCUUGUCUCUUUAGAUCACUAUCUGGUUAAAGUAAUGGCUUUGUGCAGCUGCGUUUUUAAAGAGAGAUGUUCAUUUAACAGCAGUGCCGAAGUAGACACUGUGUUACCAUCCUCGCACACAAAUGUUCCCUGUCUUCCCAGAGCACAAAAUUCACAGGAGGCACUUCGUUUGUCACCUGCGAUUACUGCUUCGGCUUCACUUGGGGCCACAUCAUGGCAUGAAUUGACUGUUUCAAUUUUAUUCAAGCCAGUUCACAACGCCGCCGCGCAAGAAGGCCACUGUGAACAAGUGCAGCAUUCAUAAUAUCCAUUUUCUCUCUUUUUCUCUCUUCUGUUUCCUUAGACAAAUUCAGAGAAUCAACCAAAGUUGCCUGAGAUGGGGACAGAGAAAAAUCAGAACGUGGAAAGCCAACCUUCUAUGCUGGAACUUCUCAGUGAUGUACCUUUCACGCUUGCACCACAUGUCCUGGCAGCGCAAGACGCAUGCAAUGACUUUCCCAGACCGUUGCUCUCCUAUGAUGUCAAUGACAACCUAACAAGAUUUUGGUACGAUUUCACGCUUGAAAAUUCUGUGCUGUGCGAAUCGUAGUUGUUGAAUCAAAUGUACCUUGAUCACUUGAUGUAAAAUACCGAGGCAUUGUGUGCUACGUAGCUCAACUACUUUGUGACACAAUCUGAGUCAUUGUCUGGUUAAGCAUUGACAUUUUCCAUCCACUGUGAUGUCCCUUACAGAGUUUGAAAGUACCUGUGCCAAAUCUGGCAAUUCCGUUAUAAUCUUCAGCUUGAACUCCUUGAGCAGAGUUCCUUUUAAUUCCAGAUAAGCUAUCUAGGUGUUGACAUUAGUUCAGGGCUUGCCUUUUCAAAGGAAGACAUUGCAUAUUACAAGAGCACUUUGAUUUAAUAAACGGGUAAGAAGUACAUGAUAGUGAAUAAACUGGCUCAUUUUGGGAGAACAGCCUUUAAGUUCUCUAACAUUAGGCACAACUUUGUAGAAACGUUGAACAGUGCCAGAUUCUAUUUUACCCUUUUUAUGAAAUACAGAAUUGUCUGCAUCCACAGCUCAGAAUGGGCUGCUGGUGUAGUUUUGGGGGUUUUCAUACUAUAUUUCCUUGGGACUCAGCAGUUUUUCAUUUGCUGUUUGUUUUCAUCAGCACAUAUGUUUCUGGUUUAUAUCUUGAUCAGCUUUUCCAUUGCAAACCUCUGUACCCACUAGAGAGUGAAAUCUGGGUAUGUGUUUAUGCACACACACACACACAAAAGUUUACCACUGAUCCUAUAAUUUAUAUGGGUCAAAUGUAAAAUUGAUGGGUUGGAGUAUUGGAAAAGAUCAAAUAGUUACAUGUUUAACUAUAUGAGGUAUCCUCUGACCCACAUAUUCAAUUCACAGGUCUUAUUCCUACUAAAGUUUAGCUGAACUUCCCUGUGCUCACUAUUGUAGUGUAUAUGAAUAAUUAUUGUGUGCAAGGUUCAUUUAUUUUCUUUUUACCAGGGAUUGAGUGGAAGAGGAUACAUUUGUUCUGUGCCAAAAGCAAGUAUUUCAAAAGGAAUGUGCAACAUGGUUAUUUAAAAACAUGAUACACAUUUUUAAAAUUAAUAUUCUGUGACUGCCUUCCCCAACCUAGUACCACCCAGGUGGUUUUGACUAUGAUUCCUAUCAGCCCUGACCUGACUUUCAGCCAUGCUGUCUGGAGGUUAUCAGGCUGGGGAAAGUUCCUCUGUGGGAUGCAUCUUCUAGAUUACAUUAGAUACACUUAAUUCCCAUCAAAAUCACUGGGAUGCUAGUCAUGCCUUAGGUUCCAUUGAUGUUAGGGGAACUUAUUCUGGAUCCACUGCUUUGCUUUUGUGUUACACUAACAAAUGUCAAAUGUUUCCUUGGUGUCUAUGUGCUUUUUUCUUGAGAAAACUAUGUUAUAAAGUUUGACAGAUCUAGGUGUGCCGUAUAUUUGUAUGUGUGCAAUAAAAGCUAAUUAAAUGUGAUAUUCCUUUUGAAACUGGAAAAUAGUGUCCUUGCAUGUUCAGUUCUGUAGCCGUGUUUAAUCAGAUGUCACAGAAGGGACCAGACAUUGUUUUUAAUGAAUUAGAGAUUUAUUUAAUGGUAAAUGAGAGAUGACUUUCUAUUAAUUAACUUGAGUGAUAGCUUAGAAAAUCUAAUUUGCACUAAAUUCUGUAUGAUGUUGCAUGCAUAUCAGCAGAAGAACUAGAUUGUGAUCAUAUUCUAGGAUAUGAAUAAUUAUUUCUAGAGGAAGGAAUAAACAGUUUAAAUGAGGCUGUUAGAAUUUAUGUCUCUUGCAAAUUUGAUGGCAAGGGGGUCUCAAUCCCUGAUCAUCUAGGUUGUAUGUUGUACUGUUCGUUUUUGUUCUUUAUUUUACAUUAGCCAUUAUAUUUUGACUAGUCCAAAAGCAAUAUUGCCACUACUGUUGUCCCGUUUUACUCUGUUAAAAACCACUUUGCAGUAUAAUCUAAAAUAUACUUAAAAUUAGAUGUAACGUACAGUACAAAACAUAAGCUAAUAUUUCAAAAUGCUUUGCAUUAAAUAAAAGGCAGGCAGCAGGACAUACUUUUAUAUUUAGCAUUUCUUUUUUAUUGUAUGAUUAUUUUAUGAUUCCUGUAAUAAUUUACAUCGAAGUAAGUUUCACAGUAUAUAUUUUUAUUGGGGCUCCAAUAAAACACACAAAAGUGUUACAAUGAAGGUAUUUGUGUUAAUAUUUUGAUUGUUUUUUUUAUUGUGUUGCUUGUUGUGAGCUACACUGGAGUGUAUUUCUUUGUUGGGGCAGGUAUUAAUAAAAUGAAAUAAAUCUAUACUAUUAAACUGUC